ACUCCCACUUCAAUUCCUCUCUCUCCCUCUCUCUCUCUCUCUGCGUAUAUAUAUAUAUAUAAGGGGAUACUCUCUCUCACUCUCCCUCCACUUCACACCUUCGACUUCAACGUAAUCUCUCUCUUCACGCCUUUGGAUAAUUCCGGCGUCUCCAGUUUCUCUUCACACACACACGCAGUCAAUCAUGACUCUCGAAGCUUUGACUCGUCCGGCGCCGGCGGGGACGCUGCCUUCUUUCCGCCGUCACGAUUUUGAGCCUGAAUCGUGGAGGAGAUCAGCCAAGCGCUCCAAGAGAGUAUCAGAUGAGGAGUAUAUAGCUGGCUGUCUCGUUAUGCUAGCUAGGAGCGGCGGAGACGCCUCCCCCUCCGGCGAUCCCGCCGCCGAUGAUUCCGAGAAACAGACGGAGGUUGUUUCUCCUUCUCCGGUUCUCCAUUCGUCCCUGAAGGAUAAUUGUUAUAGGUGCAAUGUUUGCGAAAAGGUUUUCCCGUCGUACCAAGCUCUCGGUGGCCAUAAAGCCAGCCACCGCAGUAAACCGCCGACGGCGUCCGUAACCGCCACCACGGAGACGUCUAAUUAUACAUCUGGUACCAAUUACUCAAGUGGCCGGCCUCACGCGUGCUCCAUCUGCCACAAGACUUUUCCGACCGGCCAAGCAUUGGGCGGCCACAAGCGCAAGCAUUACGAGGGCGUAAUCGGCAGAAGCACCGGCGCUAAGGGUGGUGUAAUUUCCACCGACGGUGGCAGCAGCUUGAGCGGCGUCACCAGUUCCGACGGCGGCGCAACCAGUAUCUCCCACGGCGACGGUGAUGGGCAUCAUGCGACUCUGAUCCGCCGGAAUUUGGACUUGAAUUUGCCGCCCCCGCCAGAACUUGAUUUGAGUCUUUACUUGGCGUGAAUCGUUUAGAUUCUUGGUUUUUUGCGGCAAAUUCUUUUGAUUGUGUGCAACUUCAUGUGUAGUUACCUCAAUUUGCAGUCAAUUGGUUUGAUUGAAUUGGUUAAUUCAGCAACGCAAGUAGAGUUCCGUAUUUGGUAGGGAAUUAGUUUGAAUUUGGAUGCAGAUUUGAGCAUUUCAUGUAUAGUACUCACACAUUUGUUUCUAUUAGCUUGAGGCUCAGGUACGAACUAAAAAAAAAUAUUUACGAUUGUCUAAAUUAAUAUAAAAAUAUUCCUCGUGA